AGAUGUUUCCAUAACAACAACGACCCGCCAUGUUUGUGCGAAACUGACCGAAAAAGUCAGCGAACAGAUCGUGGUAGUAACAGUAAUAUUUUGGCUGCUGAAAAUGUACGAUCGAGCCCCAAGGACGCUUACAAAACCAACUGACAGUACAGGUCAGACUGUUGGGCCGGGAUCGUAUGAAGCGCCGGAAUAUGGACGCCCAAAAUAUGAUGGGUAUGCACCAUUCCUAUCCAUGACAGCACGUGAAACAUUUCUAGAUGUUGGUGACAAUGUCAUAGCUGCUCCAGGACCUGGCCAAUAUGAUCCUGGUAUAAUGGGAGAGAGAGUAAGGGGAGGGCACACAUUGGCCAACAGAGCUUCCAGGUUCAGUGAUAAACAAUCUCUUACCCCGGGACCAGGAGCUUACAACUUACAAAAGAGAAGUGAUUGGUUGAGAGAGAAUCAGCCUCAAAAAGCACCACCCCCUGAUGUACAAGUUCAGGAAGGGAUGAAAGAUGGAUCACUAUACAAGACAAGUCGUAUCACAUUUCAGCGGAAGGCUGACCCACCCUCCAUUCCAUCACCUGGCAAAGCAUAUGGGUAUGAAGAAGGAGCUGAUGGAACUCUAAGGCCACAGGAUAUGCCAAAUCGUGACACCACCAUGGGUCCUGCUUUUUAUAGUGUUAAUCAUAGGGAUACUGCCACUGUUCAAAGAUACAAGGGAGUUCAUUUUGGGAACAGGACAUCAAAGAGAAUGCAAUUUAAAGGAACUGGUGGGCCAGGUCCUGGACAGUAUGAUCCAUUCAAGGACCCUGAGAUUAGAGCACCAAUUGAUUUGGUGAUAGAGGAAAGCAGAAAGCAACCUUUUGAAUCUAAGUUACCCCGAUAUCAUGAAUCCAUAGUGGUGGUAGAAGAAAAGAAGGCUGUCCCAGGUCCUGGGAAAUAUGAAAUUAAAAGUCAGUUCUCAGCUAUACCACCACCUAUCAAUCAAGAUGAACCAAUUGUUCACCCUCCAUUUGGCACUCAGUCCAGGCGUUUUGGAAACAGCAAGAGAGAGACACCUGCUCCUGGCACAUACAAUGAUCCGCGCAAUUCCUUAGAAAUACUCAAAAGGACCACUGGAUUAAAGCGAAGUCCUUUUGGUCAAACAUCUGUGCGAUUUCAAGGGGAACAUCAUGUGAAAAGGACCCCUGGACCAGGAUCAUAUACCAUUCCAGACAUGACAUCAGAGUUGAUUAGAAAGGCACAUGUCGAGAGUUCCAGGAAAGGUGCAUUUGGUUCAACAGCAGCACGAAUAGCACCCAUGAUGAGAAGAAAGGAGGAACAGAUGCCUGGUCCCGCCCAUUACCUAACUAAAGACAAAGCUAAAAGUAAAGAAGAACCACUCUCAUCCACCUUUGUAUCUGCCACUGGUAGACUCCACACCCCCCCAGGGGUGGUGUUGGAUAACCCACCGCCAGGGUCCUAUGAAGUCGGACAUUCAUACGACUCAACACAAGGUCGGGUUCUAUACAAUUACGCUCAGAGAACGAAUAAGAACUCCAAGAAAAAGGGAGCGUUUUUAUCCUCGUCUAAUCGAUUCCAUGGACAGCGUCAAGUCAUGUCGGAAGAAGGAGAUCCUGGGCCAGGCCAAUAUGAAUUAAAAGAUGGCUCAGCCCGGGGUGGUCUGAUCACUACCAGAGAACAAAGAUUUAAAUCAUCAAGAAAUGAAAAUCCAGGCCCUGGGAGCUAUGAGCUGAGUCCACUACAGAUGCAUUCCGCGCUCAGGGGAACGUUCAAUGCCACCUUAAACAAUCCUGUGGCGAUGCCUUACGAAGAUGGCUUAGAACGGAGAUCACCAUCAAAACAAGCUUUCUUACUAGGUGUCUGAGGAGGAAGUUUUCACUUUUUUCUGUCCCAGCGGGUUUUAUACUUCUUGGGAAUCUCCUUGUUUUCGCAGAAAUUGAGAGUUUUUAGAGAUCUUGAAUAAAGGAAAUACUCAUGCGAGGUCGUGAGGGUUUAGGCGUCGCGCGUAUAAUUUGGUGUAAAUAUUACUAAAGAGAAUUAGUGGUGUUAGUGACCAGUUAUUGGAAUAAAAAUUCAUUAAUCGUUGCUAUAAAUACAAAAGGGUUUUUUCUCAAUAAAAAGAAAUUAAAGUA